UUGUAGUGCACAUAAUUAGUCGCCUCACCUAGAUGUUAGCUCCAUCUCACAAUUACCAGGAGUUCAACAGUUGCUCCGUGUGACAAACUGACUGAAGAGAUGAUAGGCGUGAGUCAAAUGACACUUUUGGUCGAGAACCUGUAAACCCUUCAAAAUGAAGAGAUCUCUGUCGAGUUCCUACGUACAAAAGUUCAAAUCAGGGUGGAGAACCAGCCGACGACAAGAAUCUACUCACCUUCAGUGUAAAGCUCCAUGCAGUUAGUUAGUCCUCGAGCGAGAAUGUCCUUGUAGAAUCAGCUUGGCUUCUCAAUUUUGUGGUCUUGGUCCAUGACCGCGAAUCAUCGCAAAUCAGGCGCGGAAAGGACUUCUCUCUAUUAGCAGGCUCUUUACUUUUAUGUAGAUUUUUACAGAAUUGAACAAUGGAGGACAAAAGUUUGGAUUGGAUGGAUGAAGGAUUCGAGGAAGAUGUUCAGAUUGACCAGGAUGGUUUCCCAAUUUUCCCGAUUCAGGAAAUAGCUUCAGAAGUAGACUCUACUGUCAUCACUUCGAAAGAUCGUGGUAGAGCUGGAGCCGCCGGAGCUGCUGGAGGUCCAUUGGCCGUCCCAGGAUUCACAUCAGGGCGCAUCAAUGUUCACAAUUUUCGCCAGUCAUGCGGAGCUCUUUUGUCGACACUUAAAGCAGGACUGGCGGAUUGCAGCAUGGAAGUGGAUGACAUCUGUGUCAGUGUCGACGACCUGAAGGUUAUGACAGACGCCAUGCUUGUGGAGAAGGCAUUAGCCGAAGUUUUGCAGGGACAAAGCAUUGUGCCAGUUGGAGAAAAUCCACAGGAAAAGUCUUCAGAAGACAACGGAAUAGGGAAGGAACAUAUUACACUGACGCUGUUGUCUAUAGAGGGUGCUGCCGUCGCGGCAGAGAAUGGAAACGGCAAUCAUAGCGAGCAAGUUAAUGUGUGUUCAAAGCCCCGCAAGAAUGAAAGGGGAAAGAAGAGAGGGAGACCAUUUGAUAGAAACGUGCGGGGUGCAUUGCUCAUGGAUGACACCGAUGAGAGGCGCAAGGAAGCUUUGGAAAGACUAAAGCGGGAGAGAGAACGUGCAAGGGAAAGCGUUUCGUUACACAGUUUGAGGGCCAAGAAAGAAAGGGAGUCCCUUUAUAAAAAAAUCCAGACACCUUUACGUACGUUGAAGUUUCUUAACUCUAUUUUAAAGACUCCUAAACUGGCGUCAAAAACUGAAUUUCAGCCUAUGGUUGACGGGGAAGUUCUUAUUACAAUAGAGAUAUAUGACAGUAUAAAACGGUAUCUGAAGGCUCAGGAGUUUGUAGUAAUUGGAAGUCAGCCGCUAACAGCGCUAAAAGAUCGUAUAUACUGUCUCACGGAUACGGUGGCAGAGAAAGCUAACAUUAAUCUUCCUUCAAGUUAUUUUUUCAUUGAAGAUGUAUUCUACAACGACAUGCGACAUCCAAAGGCUCUCGAUUACAGUCUACCCAUUAGGAACUGGGUCAGGGAACAAGCUGAAGUUAUUGAGAAAUGGAAGGCAUUGGGUGGUGUCGAUCUUAGAAAGAGGCGCUGGCUGGGCUUACCUUCUUGUCCGAGGGCGAAGAACCCUCCUACUUUUUUACAUAAUAGGAUGGAGGAUGUUUGUUUUGCCGAUCUUGAAUGUCGCAUUGGAGCACAAUUUCUUUACUGCCACCAGGGAGGCUGCAAACAUACCAUGAUCAUUCGAGACAUGAGACUUGCGCAUCCCGAAGACGUGCAAAACGCAGCUGCUUAUCCAGUUCUCAGAUAUGUUCACAAAUUGAGACACCGCAAGUGCAGUAUUUGUUGCAUUUAUCAGGCUAGGAAAGUUACAGUUGGAGAUAAACUCGCACCAGAAAGCCCAUGUUUCUUUUGUGAAAAUUGCUAUUACUUGCUCCAUUAUUCAAACGAUGGCAGUUUACUUUAUAAUGACUUUGAGGUACAUGAUUAUUUUCAUGAGUAGUCAUCAUCAAUUCAUUUUAGCAGCCACAUAUUUUUUCAUAUGAAGUAAAA